CGCAAAUCGCCAACAAGCGACGAAAUUUGACGCUGCAGCCGAAACGAACCGUCGCCAACUCCACGCACCACAACAGCCCACAACACCACUGCUGCGCUUUGGUGCAUUGCCUCGUUGUUUGCUUGCUAGCCAAACACAUCGCACCAGCAGCACCACCACCACCACCACAAGCAUGGCAGACUUGAGCAUGAGCAGCGACGUGGCAGGGGGAAGCGGUCGCAGUGGGCCCGGCAGUGCUCGCCGCGCAGGCACCAACACGAGCACAAGCAUUCAGACGUUGUUGUGCAAGGUUCAGCGAAAUCUAAGUCGCAUCUCGACCUUGCAGGAUGGCCAUUCACAACGAGAUACGUCCAGCAUCGCCAAGAUGCGGCAGCUCGCGUCGCAGCCGCGGCCAGCUGGCACUGCAGGGCUCGCAGAAGCACGGAGGACAGCGCAAUCAUCCACAGCGACAAGUGGCAGCUCGUAUAUUGUGCCAUCGGCACUGCACAGUGCCAGAAGCGCCGCCGCCGUGCCCACUACGGCUUCUUCGCUCGUGGAUCGCCUCGUCAAAACUGAACAGGCGCUGGACCAAGUUGUGGGCAUGUUCAAAGAAUUUCAACAGCAAUCCGUCAAGGACAAGGAAGCCCUUGAAGACCGAAUCGACCAUCUCGAGCAGCGUUUGAAGCAGCGCGGCGUGGAUCUCCAGACGGAACGCAAACUGGAACAGAUGGACCGGGCGAUCAUGUCACGAUUACAAGCGCUUGAGAGCCGCCAUCGACAGGAACACAUGCACGCGCUGGACAGCGAGACGGAUGCACGCACACUCUCCAAGCUCUCCUCCGAAGUGCGCGCCAUUGGUCAGAGCUGCCAGCGUGACGUGGAUCACAUUACGCAAGAGUUUGCGGCCUUGAAGGGCGUGGUUCUGCGGCUGCAAGCAGACCUGUCGUCCACGGGCCUGGAUACCCAAGAGGCGCUGCGCACCACCACGCAACUACAGCGACAGCUGUCGUCACAAGAGCAGCACGUGCGCUCGCUCGUCUCAGAGCAGCGUCAACUCGCAGACAAGAUGGUGCACCUCUCAGACUGGAUGCAACGGGACGUUGCCACCCGCUCCCAGCAGCACAAACCAAACAGCACCAGGAAAGGACAAAGCAGGCGUGGUGGUGGUGGUGGUGGUCGUGAGCAUAGCGGAAGCAUCGACGACGACGAAGGAGCAGCUGGCAGAUACGGGUGGAUGCCUCGAAGAAGGCACGACCACGAUGAUGAUCACCACCAUCACCGCCACCACCACCAGCAGCGACACGACAGCAACGAGAGCGGCGGCAGUGGGAUCGAUGAUAGCCAUCAUCAUCAUAAUCAUCAUCACCCUUACAUGCACGCGCGUGCAUCUACACAGCCGCGUCUGGGGAUGGGGCGAGGGUGGCUGUUGCAACGACCCAGCGACAGCGCCCACGACGACAACGAUGACGCAAUGAGCCGCUUGAGCAUGGAUAGCCUGUCAAACCUUUCUGAAUCUGUGAGUCCUGGUGUUUCGCAAUCGACCAUCGACCGCAUGCGCGAGUCCUUCCUGCGCAGCCGGCAGCAGCCGGACGAACUGUCCUCUGUUGAACACUCGCAUGACGGCAGCUUGCUGAACCACGACAGCACUAACAGUGGCAACAGCAGCAACGCCAACACGAAUGGCUAUGGCAAGGACAAGAUUGCCAUGCGCACCACGGGUCACGUCGCCGAACAACAACAGCAGCAGCAGCAGCAGCAGCAGCGUCGCGGUGGAGCAUAUGGUGAUGGCAGCAGGUGGCAUGGGUACAGCGGUGGUGCUGGCGUUGGCGGCCCUGGCAGCAUGGCACACCCGCCGUAUCGACAUCACGCCGGCGAGCCUGGGACGGGUGCGCUGGCCACGAAGCACAACAAGCAAACACGUGCAGCGUCGACCAGACACCCGUAUCCAAGUGCUACCGACGACAACGCCCAUGGUGAUGGUGAUGGUGGUGGUGAUGAGGAUCUGAGCCACCUGCGGCGACAGGACAUGGUGGGAUCACUGUACGAACCCAUUGACGAGUCGGUUGAGUUUGCGCACACCUCCAAUCGCGCUGGUGAUGGUGAUGGGGAUGGUUUUGGUUUUGGUGGCGGCGAUGAUGGCAUUGGUGUGCAGAACACGAGCACACCAAACGCAAAGCGCAGUCGAUUUGCCCCUCGCACCGCACACCCGCCGUUAUUACCAUCCUCAACCACAGAUGCACCGUCAACAACAGCCACAACAGCAACAGCAGCAACAGCAGUGCCUCCGCCAUCAACGUUGUCGUCUGCAACGCUUGCAGCAACAGCGAGGGCGAGUGCACGGGAGCUUGCAGCCGCACAUGCGCGCGUGGAGAGUGCGCUUGCGUCGUUCACACACCGCCACGAUGCAAGCAGCGGCGGUGAUGGCGGUGAUGGUGGUGAUGGUGGUGAUGGUGGUGAUGAAGGUGAUGGUGGUGUGGUGUUGGGCAGCAGCACAAUGGCGAACAAAGGCAGUGUUGGUGUUGGUGGCGCCUGGGGUGCAGCGUAGACAGCAUCUGUGUGUGUGUGUGUGUGUGUGUGUGUGUGU